AGUCAGGUAAGUCUCAGCCAUGAUGAAGAUGCCCGCUCUGCUCUCUGCUGCCCUGCUGCUGCUGUUGCUGCUCCCUGGGAAUCUGACUGAAAUAAGUGAACCAGUUCCCAUUGAGGUGGUGGUGGAGAACAGCUUACUAGGCACCGCUCCUGAGACCUUCAGCACUCAUGUGGUGUACAGAGGGAUCCUGCUGGGCGCACUGAAGAGACUCAUGAGCUCCGAUGCAAACUUUAAGUUCACGUACACCGAGGAUCCAAACUACGGCCCGUACCUGGAGAGUGUGAACGGAGUGGCUGGAAACGAUAAAGACCAUACGUACUGGGAGCUGCUGGUCAGGACUCCAGAUGGCAAAAUCAUAAGACCUGAUGUUGCUUGA